AUGCAGAAGGGCAUGAGACUCAACGAUGGCCAUGUCACCUAUCUGGCGCUGCUGGCCAGGAAGGACGGUACCAGGCGCGGGUGCCUUAGCAAGAAAAGCUCGGACAACACCAAAUGGCACCCCAAGUGGUUCUGCUUGCUGCAGAACAUGCUCUUCUAUUUUGAGAACGACUCCAGCUCGCGCCCCUCCGGACUCUACCUGCUGGAGGGAUGCGCGUGCGACCGAGCGCCCUCACCCAAGCUGCCACCCUCCGCCAAGGAAUGCCUGGAGAAGCAGUAUUACUUUACAGUGACGUUCAACCACGACAACCAGAAGGCUUUGGAGCUGCGGACAGAGGACGUCAAGGACUGCGACGAGUGGGUCGCUGCCAUCGCGCAGGCCAGUUACAGGAACCUGGCGACAGAGCACGAGACCCUCAUGCAGAAGUAUCUACACCUACUGCAAAUAGUGGAGACGGAGAAAACGGUUGCCAAACAACUUCGACAACAAAUAGAGGAUGGGGAAAUCGAGAUAGAGCGGCUAAAAUCAGAGAUUGCUUUGCUGCUGAAAGACAACGAGAAGAUCCAGUCCAAUCCAGAGGUACCUCCAAGCGAUGACGACACUGAGAUCCAGAAGAUCAAAAAGGUCCAGAGUUUCCUGCGAGGCUGGAUUUGCCGCCGGAAGUGGAAAACCAUCAUUCAGGACUAUAUACGCUCACCCCAUGCGGAGAGCAUGAGGAAGCGGAACCAGGUAGUAUUUAGCAUGCUGGAGGCUGAGGCCGAGUACGUCCAACAACUCCAUAUCCUGGUCAACAACUUCCUGCGGCCGCUACGCAUGGCUGCAAGCUCCAAGAAGCCCCCCAUCACCCAUGACGACGUCAGCAGCAUCUUCCUUAACAGCGAAACCAUCAUGUUCCUCCACCAGAUCUUCUACCAGGGCCUAAAGGCCAGGAUAGCUAGCUGGCCCACACUGGUGCUCGCGGACCUCUUUGACAUUUUGCUGCCCAUGUUAAACAUCUACCAAGAGUUUGUGCGGAACCACCAGUACAGCCUGCAGAUCUUGGCCCACUGCAAACAGAACCGGGACUUUGACAAGCUACUGAAGCAGUAUGAGGCCAAGCCUGAUUGCGAGGAAAGGACGCUGGAGACAUUCCUAACUUACCCCAUGUUUCAGAUCCCUCGUUAUAUCCUGACCCUCCAUGAAUUACUGGCUCACACUCCUCAUGAGCAUGUGGAGAGAAAUAGUUUGGACUAUGCCAAGUCCAAACUUGAGGAGCUUUCGCGAAUAAUGCACGACGAAGUGAGUGAGACAGAGAAUAUACGAAAAAAUCUGGCUAUUGAGCGAAUGAUUGUCGAGGGCUGCGAAGUACUGCUGGACACUAGCCAAACUUUUGUCAGACAAGGUUCUCUGAUCCAGGUGCCCAUGAGCGAGAAAGGCAAGAUCACCAGGGGCCGUCUGGGUUCUUUGUCUCUGAAGAAGGAAGGGGAGAGACAAUGCUUCCUUUUCUCCAAACAUCUUAUCAUCUGCACUCGAGGCUCAGGGGGGAAACUACACGUCACCAAGAAUGGUGUGGUAUCCCUCAUUGACUGCACACUGAUGGAGGAUCCAGAGGGCACUGAUGAUGAGCCCAAAAUGGAGCGGAGUGGCCAGGACACUGAGCACCUGGACUUUAAAGUGAUAGUGGAGCCUAAAGAUGGGCAGCCUUACACUGUCAUCCUGGUGGCAUCAUCGCGCCAAGAGAAAGCAGCGUGGACGAGCGACAUCAGUCAGUGCAUCGACAACAUCCGCUGCAAUGGCCUGAUGAUGAAUGCCUUCGAGGAAAACAGUAAAGUGUCCGUCCCACAAAUGAUUAAGUCCGACACCAGCUUGUACUGCGACGAUGUCGACAUCCGCUUCAGCAAGAUGAUGAACUCCUGCAAGGUGCUGCAGAUCCGCUACGCCAGCGUCGAGCGCUUGCUGGAGAGGCUGACCGACCUGCGCUUUCUUUCCAUCGACUUCCUGAACACAUUCCUGCACUCUUACCGCGUUUUCACCAGUGGAGACGUCGUGCUGGACAAGCUCAUCACCAUCUAUAAGAAGCCCAUCAGCGCCAUACCUGCACGUGCUUUGGAGCUUUUCUUCGCCAGCAGCCAGAAUAACAAACUCCUGUAUGGCGAGCCGCCCACAUCGCCACGUGCCAGUCGCAAAUUCUCCUCCCCUCCGCCACUCGCCAUCACCAAAACGUCGUCGCCCAACCGCCGCCGGAAGCUCUCACUCAACAUUCCCAUCAUCACUGGGGGCAAAGCGCUGGACCUGGCCGCACUCAGCUGCUCCCCCAAUGGCUACGCGAGCAUGCACACCGCCAUGUCCCCCUUCGGGAAGGCCGCCCUGGACAUCAACAAACUCUUUGUGUCCAGCACCAUGCCCACCAAGAUUCCGGAUGAGGGAGAAGCCAGAGCCGAGAGCAAGGCUGAUGAACCGGUCCUUAACAAGCAAGAUCUGUCAGUGAGAGAGGAAUGUGACGAAGAGCCAUCCCAGAAUGAUGAGACGGAAGCAGAGAUGUCGCCUCCCAAGUCGCCGUCAACGCCCAAGAAUGUCAAGUCGAAAAACUGUGAGUUUACGCUGUUCUCCUUCAACAACAGCAUGGUGGUUUCAUCUUGUCGGGAGCUGGACAAUAACCGUAGUGCCCUCUCGGCGGCCUCGGCCUUCGCCAUCGCCACAGCCGGUGCCAACGAGGGCACGCCCACCAAGGAGAAGUACCGCCGCAUGUCGCUCGCCAGCACAGGUUUCCCUACGGACCAGCGGAAUGGAGACAAAGAGUUUGUCAUCAGAAGAGCAGCCACAAACCGAGUCCUAAAUGUGCUGCGGCACUGGGUUUCCAAACACUCCCAGGAUUUUGAGCUGAACUCUGAGUUGAAAAUGAGAGUAAUUGGCUUUCUCGAGGAGGUGAUGCAUGACCCAGAGCUCCUGACACAGGAAAGAAAGGCUGCUGCUAACAUUAUUAGGACUCUAGCACAGGAGGAUCCUGGAGAUAACCAGGUCACCCUGGAAGAAAUCAUUCACGCGGCCAUGGAGGAGUGCAGGAAUGAGCCGUUUGAGAGCCACUCUGCCCUGGAGAUCGCCGAGCAGCUCACUCUGCUCGAUCAUCUGGUCUUCAAAGUCAUCCCGUAUGAGGAGUUUUUUGGCCAAGGCUGGAUGAAGAACGACAAGAAUGAGAGAACUCCGUACAUCAUGAAGACGACAAAGCACUUCAAUGAGAUCAGCGACAGGAUCGCCACGGAGAUCCUGCAAUGGGACGACGUCAACAUGCGGGUGGCCGCCAUUGAGAAGUGGGUGGCGGCGGCGGACAUUUGCCGCUGCCUGCACAAUUACAACGCCGUGCUAGAGAUCACGUCUUCGCUCAACCGCAGUGCCAUCUUCCGCCUCAAGAGGACUUGGCUCAAGGUGUCCAAGCAGACUAAGACGGUGAUUGACAAGUUGCAGAAGUUGGUGUCAUCAGAGGGUCGUUUCAAAAACCUGAGGGAGGCGCUCAAGAACUGCGACCCGCCUUGCGUUCCCUACCUGGGCAUGUACUUGACCGACCUCGCGUUCAUUGAGGAAGGGACACCCAACUAUACAGAGGACAACUUGGUCAACUUUUCAAAGAUGAGAAUGAUAUCGCACAUCAUCCGAGAAAUUCGCCAGUUCCAGCAGACGGCCUACAAGAUUGAUUAUCAACCAAAGGUGGCAAGGUACUUGCUAGACAACAGCUCCGUGCUGGACGAGGAGAGUCUGUACAAAGCGUCCUUGAGAAUCGAACCCAAAACGUCAUCUUGAAGAGGCUUGUUCAACUUUCAUAUGAAGUGUACAGGAUCAUUAUUUUCUGUUAUAUUGUACAUAUGCAAUCAUUUGUAUUAGACAACAUAGGCUGUGCUCUCCUAGUAUUUUCUCCUCAAUAUCAAAUAUAGAG